AUGGAAUUAUCUAAAGUAAGCAUUAAACAGAAGACUAAUUCUAACGACACAUCAACUCAUCCUGACAAUCUCAAUCCUUGAUCUACUAGUGAUAAGGAUUCUGAAAAGGAGAUAGCUAAGGCUAUAAAUGAGAAAGAAGAGGAGAAGGCUCAGAUCAUCAAGAAGAAAUCUAGUUCAAGAGAUGGUUUCCCUAAGCUUGUUCAAGAAGAUGUCAACCUUGGCCAAGUUAUCAGGAUACUGAAAUAAAGAGAAAAUAGAAGACUCCGAUGCAGAGAUACUUCAGAAUUAUUUCCAAAAUGAUCAACUCUCAGAUGAAAAUAAAGAAGAGAAUAAGAAAACUCAAGACUCUUCAGCUAAACCUGCAACGAACAAGUUCUUCGCAGACUUCAUGAACGAGAAUGGAGUCGAGGCGUUAUAUGAUUGCUACAAAAGCUUGAAAUAUUCACUUAUUAAGAAAGGUCAGCAUGUCAUGCGCCAAGGGGAUUAUGGAGAUACCUACUACAUAAUUCUUAAGGGAAAAACUUCUGUUCUAAUCAAUAUGGAAGUUACUUAUGAGUGGGUCUGUAGCCCUAUUGACACAACACCAGGAAAUAUUUUUAAGAGGAAUUUAAAAGACUUUACAAAUGCCUUCAAAGAGUUUAUUGAGAAAUAUGACUAUAUCCUUGAAAGUAAGGAAAAACAGAGAUUCCUACAUGAAAUCAAGCACUACUUCCCAGGUGUUGUCAAGUCAAGAAACUCUGCAAACUCUGGCAGGGAAUACUACAUUGAAGAUAUCGAGAAAGCAAAAGAAAUUAUUAAAGAGGGAAUUGAAAUGCAAACAUUCCUAAAAACUCAUGAUUUCAUGAGGGCUAAACUGUAAGUGUGUAGUUUGACUUCUAUAGAUGUAAGUAUCUUCCUAGACA